UUACCCUUUUAUUCGCUUAUAAUCAGUUGUACACAUUAGCUAAUGUAUUGAAAGAUAUUGUGAUAUCAAUAAAAGUGGUACACACGAUAUUGUCAGCUUUCUCAACAGGAAGAUUUGAGUCAAUUGAGGAAAUGGUGCCUGUAAGACACAAAAUGGGUCAUUGUGGGUAAAAAACCCGCGGAACUCAAGGCUGCUUCUUGGCGUUUCCGGUUUUCUGCAGAAAAAGUUAGUUUUUGUUUUCAAGGCUAGUGUGUUUUUAAUUACUGUAUAAUUAAACCACUUCUUUAAUUAGACACAAAGUAAGCCUCGAAGUGAUGUGUCGGCAGCUAAAUUUUAAUUUUCUAAGUUAUAGAGCAGGUUAUCUACGAGCCACACCAAGUUGAGUGACGUGCGUGUUUAUCAUGUCUAUAAGUGCAGAACAGGAGGCUUUAAUUAGCCAAAUGUUUGAAGCCUAUGUUGCAGAAUAUCAUCAUGACGUCAUGGUCCAGCUCUUUUCCGACAACAGAGAAGACAUUCAUCAGCCUCUUGUUAUCAAUGCUAUGACACUCUUUGAAGCCAAUAUGGAGAUUGGCGACUAUUUCAAUGCUUAUCCCAACGAUGUCCUGGCAAUAUUUGAUAAAGUGUUGCACAAGUCAGCCCUGGAGUUGUCAAAGAAAGCUUCUACCAAGCAAUCUGGAGGACGAGCAGCUGACGAGACGAGAAUGAAACACACUCUCCAUGCCCGUAUUACAGGACUACCAGUCUGUCCAGAACUCACCAGAGACACUAUUCCUCGAUCCAGGGACGUAGGCCACUUCUUGUCUGUCAUUGGGACUGUUAUUCGCAGCAGUAUUGCCAAGGUCCUAGAGUACGAGCGUGAUUACAUGUGCACCAAGUGUCGCCAUGUGUUCGCACUACAUGCAGACUUUAACCAAUUCUAUACAUUUUCCCCGCCACUGGCCUGCCCUAAUCCGGAUGGCUGUAACUCCUUCAAAUUCACUUGUUUGUCUGGUGGGUCGGAGCCAGCUGCCUGCAGAGAUUACCAGGAGAUCAAAAUACAAGAGCAAGUACAGAGGUUGUCGGUGGGCAGUAUUCCUCGUUCUCUGGUUGUGGUUCUGGAGGAUGACCUGGUGGACAUGUGUAAAUCUGGAGACGAUGUCACUGUUUACGGAGUAGUGUGCCAGCGCUGGAAACCCUUUUUUGAUGGCACUCGCUGUGACGUGGAGCUUGUCCUCAAAGCCAACAACAUAGAAGUGAACAACCAGCAGGGUGCUGCUGCUUUGCUCAUAGAGGAUGCGCAAAGGGAAUUUGAAGAAUUCUGGGAGUUCUACAAAUAUGAUCCCAUUGCUGGCAGGAACCAGAUUCUGUUAAGCCUGUGCCCUCAAGUGUUUGGCAUGUACGUGAUUAAACUAGCGGUUGCCAUGGUGUUAGCUGGUGGGGUGCAGAGAAUAGAUUCUUCUGGAACCAAGGUCAGAGGUGAAUGCCACAUGUUGCUUGUUGGAGACCCCGGCACAGGAAAGUCUCAGUUCUUAAAAUAUGCAGCCAAGGUCAUGCCUCGCUCUGUUCUAACUGCUGGAAUUGGGUCAACAAGUGCAGGACUGACGGUUGCAGCAGUAAAAGAUGGAGGUGAAUGGCAUCUGGAGGCAGGAGCCCUGGUCCUUUCAGAUGGUGGAUUGUGCUGCAUCGAUGAAUUCAACAGCAUCAAAGAACAUGACCGCAUCAGUAUCCAUGAGGCUAUGGAGCAACAGUCCAUUAGUGUGGCCAAGGCCGGAAUGGUGUGUAAGCUGAACACUCGUACCACUAUUCUGGCAGCGACCAACCCCAAGGGCCAGUACGAUCCCAAUCAACCACUGUCAGUCAACGUAGCACUAGCCAGCCCUUUGCUGAGUCGUUUUGACCUGGUUCUGGUUCUGCUUGACACAAGAAACGCUGAGUGGGACCGCAUAAUCUCCUCUUUCGUUCUGGAGAACAGAGGACUGCCGUCUGAGAGCAGUGUCCUGUGGUCCAUUGAAAAAAUGAGGGCCUAUUUUUGUGUGAUAAGGCGCUUGCAGCCGCAGGUUUCUACAGAGGCCAACUGCAUCUUAUCAAGGUACUACCAGCUGCAGAGGCAGAGUGAAGUCCGCAACGCUGCUCGCACAACAAUACGCAUGCUGGAGAGUCUGAGCAGACUGGCCGAAGCUCAUGCCAGGCUCAUGUUUCGAGGGACUGUGACUAUAGAGGACGCUGUCAUGGCCGUCUCUGUUAUGGAGUCUUCCAUGCAGGGUGGUGGCCUACUAGGAAGCGUAAACGCAAUACUUACCUCGUUCCCUGAUGACCCUGGUAAACAGUACCAGACACAGUGCCAGGUACUCCUGGAAGCAAUGAACCUGACACAUCUGCUUCAAAAGGAGAUGGACAGAGUGACCAGGCUGAGGAGCAACAUCACUGGAGCUUCCAGCCCAGAGCAACCAGCUGACCAGCAGCAACUUGGACAAACAAGCUCAAUCUGCAAAACACAAGCUGACAUCCCAAAGGACAGGAAGGAGGCCACAGAGCUAGAGACCAGCUUGGAUUGGUUUCAUUCCAUUACAUCUGAACAUCCAACGUCAACUCCAAUGUCCGCAGAAACUCCAGUAGACGUCAGUCCAAAACCAAUUUCCAGCUUGUCAAGUCAUGUCAACUCAUCAGUGAACCCCAUUUUAAAUUGUGCUGAGACCGCCACCUUUGAGGAUCAGGGAUCGGUUAAAGAUGAUAACCACAAAGCUCAAGAGAGUCUCGAAGAAUUGGACAGAAAAUGCACCAAGCCUCCAGGUAGUGUGAUUCAGAAGGUCCGUAAAAAUCUGAGAGACAGACGAGUGAAGGAGCUGCAGCGUCAACAGCAGCCAGUUGAGCAAGGACAAAGUGUGGUGUCUGUGAACAGUGCAAGUAUAGAUGGAACAGACAACACUUGCUUAAAUCAAAUUAAACAGGACAACGGUGGUCGUAGUCUAUUAGAGGUUGAUGUUGGACGGUGUCACAGAGCAACUAAAAAGCUUAGCAACGUAUUACGGGAAAAAAUGACCGCUUCAGUUGAAACAAAUCAGAAUAUUCAUGCAAAGUUUUCAGGCUUCACAUUCAAACCAAGAAAGAUGAGACCCUUGGUCCACAAUGCUGGCCUUAACGUACACGCAGAGAUGCAACAGGAAAUCAACCAAGAGGCAGGCAAGGAUGGCAGAAACAUGGCAAGCGGGAAACCGAUCGAGGGAAGAGCAGACAUUGAAAACAAUGAUAAUGAGAAAAAAAAUAAAAUGCACCUCAGGCGUCUGGAAGACGGAAGCCAGGUGAGCUGCUUCAGCAACGAAGCAGCUUUCUGUUUGCCAUCACAGAAAGUGGAUCAGGAAAAACAAGAUCAAGUCAAUGACAAAACAAAGCAGGGAGAAGACACAGAGAUGGUGUGUCUCAAUGGUGAUGGGACUAAAGAUUGCUUAACACCUUUAAAACCACCUACUUGCAAACCAAGAGUUAACCCAUCAACCCUGGCUAGACUUUCAAGAUUUUCUUUCACUGUGGAAACCAAAACUGACACAAACAGGAACCACCAAACUGAAGUGGAAACAAGUCCACCCAAAAGAGACGGCGUGGAUUUUACGUGGACGACUACUCAAGGCCAGCUCAGUCCUAUGAAAAAGAGGAAGAGAGAUGUAGUGAGCAGCUUGAUAACCGCGACUUCAUCUUCCCUGGUCUCACAUGAUCUGGAUCAUGGACCAGGAGCGAGUGACGGACCAAUCCUUAACUGUAGUCCAGAUGUGACGGAACCUGCUCAUGCUGCUGUCAGUUUGAUUGAAAUUGCCAAAGACUUAGAAACCAAAAAGAAGAGAAAGUGUUUUGAACUGGGUUGUCCAACAAAAGAUGUUUCUCUGUUUGGCUCAGGUGGAGGACAGACUCCUGACCCGCUUUCCUGUAGCUGAUUUUUUGUUAGUAUGGAGUUUUUUUCUCCAGUGAUUUUUAAAUUUUUAAAUAGAUUUUUUAUUGAUCCGCAUUUGGAUUCUUUUUUUGUUGAGGACACAACAGUAAGACUUUUAUAAAUAUCUCAGCCAUGCCUCCCGGUUUGAUGUAUAGUUUUCAGCCGCUUGUUAUGUCAUAGUCAGCACACCAUCAUAUAUGUAGUACAUCAUAUACAUACAUAUCUCCAGAGAACAAUCUUGUGCUCAAUGGCAAUAUGAUUAUGUCACAAAAAAAGAAAAGGAAAAUCGAAAUAAGAAAAUUAAAUUAAACUUAUCUCAAAAGGGUAAUGGGAAGAAGUUUAAACAUUUUGAACAUAGUUAUUUUAACCAAAUCCUUAUUUCCUAGAAUUGCCGCAGGGCAUAUAGUAUGCACCUGCCGUGAAUUACUGCCGGGUCAAACUCGCUUCCCAAAAUAAUUAGCGCAUGCUUAGUAUUACCGCCUGGUCAAACUCGUGACGUCACGAGUGACACUUCAAAAUGGAGGAAGCUGAUUUCAAUACCGGUAAUUUCAAAUCGCAUAAAGGGAAGAAGAUUAAGAGCUAUUCAGUAGGAUUUAAAGUCUAAGCUUACAUCACACUCAAAUUUUUAUUGCAUACCUUUGGUAAGUGCCGGAGUGAGAAGAGGUUUUAAAAUAAUUAGCGCAUGCUUACUUUUACCGCAUGCCUUUGGUAAGCGCAGGAGUGAGAAGAGGUUUUAAAUUAAUUAGCUUCCCGGCGGCAAUUCAAGAAAAUACGGUAUCCAGUUUCCUCUGAACCACAUUUUAUCACAUUCAUCUGGAUCCACAUAACUCAAUUUGACCAGAACACUGUGCUUACAAUUCUCAAUAUAUCAUCAUAAGUAAGUCAUAUAAGACAUUCAUACUCGUAUUCAAAAUAUGCCUAGACCUCACUAUACCAAACCAAAAUAUUAGAUUUGUAUAAUUUCUUAAAAUGCUCAAUGUUUGAACAGUGUUUGAGUUCAUCACUCAGGCUGUUCCAUAUUUUCACCCCACAGACUGAGACACAAAAACUUUUCCUUACUUUACCAUGAAUAGAUUAACAAGGACCCCAACUUCAACAAGUUGAAAAACUUAUUUGGGUGUUACCAUUUAGUGGUCAAUUGUACAGAAUAUGUACAGCACAGUGUAAUCUGCUAAUAAAAGUUUCAAUCAAUCCUUGUGGUAAGUGUUAAAGCCUGUUUAUUUUACCGUUCCUCUGA